AUGAGUGACCAGACUGCAGCCCCCUCUGGGGCCAAGGACGCCGUGCUCGUCAAGUCCGAGGCCAUGCCCGACGACGCCCAGAAGGUGGAGGACUUUGACUUCAACCAGUUCAAGGAGCCCGUCACGGCAGCCGAGCUGCUAGAGGGUAUGCGUCACAUGGGAUUCCAGGCAUCGUCUAUUGGUGAGGCAGUCCGCAUCAUAAAUGACAUGAGAUCAUGGCGUGACCCGGAAACUGGUCAAGGCACCACCAUCUUCCUAGGCUACACGUCCAACAUGAUAUCAUCCGGACUGCGCGGCAUCUUCCGCUGGCUGGUAGAGCACAAGCAUGUGUCGGCCAUUGUGACGACGGCCGGCGGUAUAGAGGAGGACUUCAUCAAGUGCCUGGGCCACACGUACAUGUCGUCCUUCAGCACUCCGGGUGAGGGGCUCCGGAAAAGGGGUCUGAACCGGAUCGGCAACCUGGUCGUGCCCAACGCCAACUACUGCGCCUUCGAGGACUGGGUCGUCCCCAUCCUGGACAGGAUGCUCGAGGAGCAGGAGGCCGGCCGGGCCACGGGCAACCGCGAGGACGAGAUCAACUGGACUCCCUCCAAGGUGAUUCACCGUCUGGGCAAGGAGAUCGACGACGAGCGGUCCGUCUACUACUGGGCUUACAAGAACGACAUCCCCGUAUUCUGCCCGGCCAUCACGGACGGAAGUCUGGGUGACAUGCUGUACUUCCACACCUUCAAGUCCUCUCCCCUGCAGCUCAGGAUCGACUUGGUCGAGGAUAUCCGCCGCAUCAACACCAUGUCCGUCCGGGCCAAGAGGGCCGGCAUGAUCAUCCUCGGUGGCGGUGUCGUGAAGCACCACAUCGCCAAUGCCUGUCUCAUGCGCAACGGAGCCGAGUCGGCCGUCUACAUCAACACCGGUCAGGAGUUUGACGGCAGUGACGCUGGUGCUCGCCCUGAUGAGGCUGUGUCCUGGGGAAAGAUUAAGGCCGACGCUGACAAUGUCAAGGUUUACGUCGAGGCUACCACUUGUUUCCCUCUCAUCGUGGCCAACACAUUCGCCAGAGAUGUGGGCAAGAAGGCUUAG